CGGCUGAGGCGGCGGCACCCCCGCGGCCGGCCGCCCGCGCCCGCGCGCCGAGGCGAUGCCGGACCAGAUCUCCGUGUCGGAAUUCGUGGCCGAGACCCAUGAGGACUACAAGGCGCCCACGGCCUCGAGCUUCACCACGCGCACCGCGCAGUGCCGGAACACGGUGGCGGCCAUCGAGGAGGCUUUGGACGUGGACCGGAUGGUUCUUUACAAAAUGAAGAAAUCCGUGAAAGCAAUAAAUAUCUCUGGGCUGGCUCACGUGGAAAAUGAAGAGCAGUACACCCAGGCUCUGGAGAAGUUCGGUGGCAACUGUGUGUGCAGAGACGACCCGGACUUAGGAAGUGCAUUCCUGAAGUUCUCAGUGUUCACAAAGGAGUUGACGGCACUUUUCAAAAACCUGAUUCAGAAUAUGAACAACAUCAUCUCCUUCCCUCUGGACAGUCUGCUGAAGGGGGACCUGAAAGGCGUGAAAGGGGAUCUGAAAAAGCCUUUUGAUAAAGCUUGGAAGGACUAUGAAACAAAAAUCACCAAAAUUGAAAAGGAGAAGAAGGAGCAUGCCAAGCUGCAUGGGAUGAUUCGCACCGAGAUCAGCGGGGCUGAAAUCGCCGAAGAGAUGGAGAAGGAGAGGCGGCUUUUCCAGCUCCAGAUGUGCGAGUAUCUGCUGAAGGUCAAUGAAAUUAAGAUUAAAAAGGGAGUGGAUUUACUUCAGAAUCUGAUCAAAUACUUUCAUGCCCAAUGCAAUUUUUUCCAGGAUGGACUGAAAGCAGUUGAGAGCCUCAAGCCUUCCAUUGAGACACUUUCAACAGACCUUCACACAAUCAAGCAGGCCCAGGAUGAAGAGAGAAGGCAGUUGAUACAGCUUCGCGAUAUUUUGAAAUCAGCCUUGCAGGUUGAACAGAAAGAGGAGUCACAAAUUCGCCAGAGUACAGCCUAUAGUUUACAUCAGCCUCAGGGAAACAAAGAGCACGGGACCGAGCGGAACGGCAGCCUGUACAAGAAGAGCGAUGGGAUCCGAAAAGUGUGGCAGAAAAGGAAGUGUUCGGUUAAAAACGGUUUUCUGACCAUAUCCCACGGCACCGCUAACCGGCCUCCCGCGAAGCUCAACCUGUUAACCUGUCAAGUGAAGACCAACCCCGAGGAGAAAAAGUGUUUUGACCUUAUUUCACAUGACAGGACGUACCACUUCCAAGCAGAAGACGAACAGGAAUGCCAAAUAUGGAUGUCUGUGCUGCAGAACAGCAAAGAAGAAGCUUUAAACAAUGCAUUUAAGGGGGAUGACAACACCGGGGAAAAUAACAUCGUCCAAGAGCUGACCAAGGAGAUCAUCGCGGAAGUGCAGAGGAUGACGGGCAAUGACGUGUGCUGCGACUGCGGGGCGCCAGAUCCUACCUGGCUCUCCACCAAUCUGGGCAUCCUGACCUGUAUUGAGUGUUCCGGAAUCCACCGAGAGCUCGGGGUUCACUAUUCCAGGAUGCAGUCCCUAACGUUAGAUGUAUUGGGAACGUCUGAGCUGCUGCUUGCCAAGAAUAUUGGGAAUGCAGGCUUCAAUGAGAUCAUGGAGUGUUGCCUUCCGGCUGAGGACUCGGUCAAACCCAACCCGGGCAGCGACAUGAAUGCCAGGAAGGACUACAUUACUGCCAAGUACAUUGAGAGGAAAUACGCAAGGAAAAAGCAUGUGGAUAAUGCGGCCAAACUCCACAGCCUUUGUGAGGCCGUCAAAACCAGAGAUAUUUUUGGAUUACUCCAAGCGUAUGCUGAUGGUGUGGAUCUUACAGAAAAAAUCCCACUGGCCAACGGACACGAGCCAGAUGAAACUGCCCUGCAUCUUGCAGUCAGAUCGGUGGACCGGACUUCUCUCCACAUCGUAGACUUUUUAGUCCAGAACAGUGGGAACCUGGAUAAGCAGACAGGGAAGGGCAGCACCGCCCUGCACUAUUGCUGCCUGACGGACAACGCCGAGUGCCUGAAGCUGCUCCUGCGGGGGAAGGCCUCCAUCGAGACAGCUAACGAGUCAGGGGAGACGCCACUGGACAUCGCCAGACGCCUCCGGCACGAGCACUGUGAGGAGCUGCUGACCCAGGCCUUAUCUGGGAGGUUCAAUUCCCACGUCCACGUCGAGUAUGAGUGGCGGCUGCUCCACGAAGACCUGGAUGAGAGCGAUGACGAUGUGGACGAGAAACUGCAGCCCAGUCCCAGUCGGCGAGAAGACCGGCCCGUCAGCUUCUACCAGCUGGGGUCCAGCCAGCUGCAGUCGAAUGCCGCGUCUUUGGCCAGAGAUGCCGCCAGCCUGGCCAAGGACAAGCAGAGGGGCUUUGUGCCCAGCAUCUUGCAGAACGAGACGUACGGAGCCAUCCUCAGUGGCAGCCCGCCGCCCUCCCAGCCCGCGGCCCCCAGCACGGCCAGCGCCCCCCCACUGCCCCCGCGGAACAUUGCCAAAGUUCAGCCAGCCUCCUCCGCUAACGCCCUGUGGAAGACAAACUCUGUAAGUGUGGACGGUGUAAGCAGGCAGCGAUCUUCGUCAGAUCCGCCAGCUGUCCAUCCACCGCUGCCCCCUCUUCGCGUGACAUCUACCAAUCCCCUGGCUCCCACGCCGCCCCCUCCGGUAGCAAAAACGCCCAGUGUGAUCGAAGCCUUGGGCCAGCCGAGCAAGUCUGCCCAGCCUGGGAUCCCACUGAGCAAAGCCCCGCCCCCGCCCCUGCCACCCCAGCCGCCCAGCCGUCUCCCGCAGAAGAGGCCUGCUCCCGGGGCUGACAAGUCGAUCCCACUGAUCAACAAAGGCCAGCCGAGAGGACCUGCAGUGGAUCUCUCUGGAACAGAAGCUCUGGGUCCUCUGUCCAACAGCGCGGUCCUCCAACCCCCAGCCCCCAUGCCCAGGAAGUCACAGACCACCAAGUUAAAGCCCAAGCGGGUCAAAGCUCUCUAUAACUGUGUGGCCGACAACCCAGACGAGCUGACGUUCUCCGAGGGGGAUGUGAUCAUCGUGGAUGGGGAGGAGGACCAAGAGUGGUGGAUUGGCCACAUUGACGGAGAUCCCAGUCGCAAAGGAGCAUUUCCUGUAUCAUUUGUGCACUUUAUUGCUGACUGAAUUGCUACUGAACAAAAAAACACUUCUUUUAACGCUC